CGCAAUAUUAUUACUCGUGUCGAAACCGCAUGGGUGUACCCUGAAACUGGGUGAACCCUCCUUAAUUAAUUACAUAACUGAGGCGAAAAUUGGCAGACAUACCCCACCUACUGUAUGUGGUCAUUGAUUCUCGAUUAUUAAGACACUAGUUCCCUAAGUUCAGUCUCAAAAUCACACAAUCCAAAUGUUUUAUUGGAUUGGUUUAGAAUGAAAAAAUGCACUUAACUUUCGUAGGUACAUGCACAGUACUGGUUUUAUUUCAUAAAGAGAAAAAGCAUCAUGGCAAAGCCAAGGAGAGACUUUUAAGUAACUACACCCAACUUUGCUUGCUGCAACAUGCAAAUUUCUGACUCAGUCCCGUGUAUUCGCAGACACAGUUGUGGACUGCUUAAUAUGAGCUAUCAAAUAGAUCAGCCGGUGAGAAUGAAAAAUAUUGAUGAAAGUGGACAUCUAAGAAGAACAGUUUACAACUGAUAAAUCUAUUUAGUAUAAAUAAAGUUGGAUAGUUAUGUACGUUUAGCCGACCUCCUGCACUGAACAUGCACUAUUGCACUGGAACAAUAAGUGGUAGACCUUAUACCUCUACUCUCUAGGGAAAACAGUUGAUAGAUCUAUCUAGAAUAAGUUAGUUGCAAUUUAUGUUUUCUCUUCUGGAGCACUGAACCAGAAUAUUUUAGUUUAAAAAUCGAAAGUCAUUGAAGUGUGCCAUGGUUCUCAGCAUUCGUCAGUGUGGGCAUUACGGAGGUGUGUCGCAUAGCAGCCAUAUAAACCUAGAACUGACCCCCGGCAUACAAAUCUCAGUCGUACAGUCAUCUGUCAUUCACAAAAUUAGUGUAAGAAAACUAACCCGUUAAGAACAAAGUUUUCAUCGUAAUUGUAAGAUUCCCUAUAAUUACUGCAAUUCAUCCUCGUUCUUUUCAACCAUGGCAAAGUUACUACAUCCGUUCACAGGAUCCGUUAAAGUAAAAUUCCGUAUGUAAAUUAGCAAAUUCCAAACGUAGCUGAAUGAAAUUACUAGAAGAUGAUUUGCAUAAGUAAAUAUCAGCCCACUGCAAUUAGCCAAUCGUUGGCACAAUUAAUUUGGAGUAGCCAAUGGAAACGCUUGAAUUUCGCGGGUAUUAUACCUCACAGACGAAGCAGCAAAUGAGAUUCACGAUUUACUCAGAGAUUUACUAUAAACACACGCCACGAGGACAGACGAUACUAUACUGUGACUAUACCCCGUCGCGUGUAGCGUAACAAGUAUGUGUUAACUAUAUUAACCAUCUAUAAUAUUACCUAACAUAUCUGACAUAUAAUCUGUCGACACAUACUCAAAUUUCAUCAUAUAAACAACAAGAAACUUAUUAUUCAGUCAAUAACAAUAGAAAUCUCAGCAGAGAAGGAAUCAGAGACCAAAAAUGGGUUCGAAUCAACAAGAUUUUAAUAACCAGGCUUUUGUACCUUACGCUAUCAACGGCGGGGAGACGGUGUAUGUUCCGAACGGCAAGUACGACACGCUUGAUUGUAAAGACGAUGGUUAUGUUAAACCGUUUGUAAAUGUCGACCCGAAUAAAAAUCACGAAUAUGAAAACCCGGCUGAUGUGGCGAAGCGAGCGGGGUUGAACCGGGCUGGCAGUGGUCCUCGUCGUAAGAAGAACCAACUUUACGGCGAUACGAAGAAACAGAGAGUGCGUUUGCCCGAUACCCCUACAACACCAACCGACGGCGCGGAAUCCUCGCCUCUCGUAGUCACGAUACAACAGGAACACGAAAAAUCAAAGACGCGAAAAUGCGACAUAAAAAUGGUGAUAUUUUUUAUUUUGGUGUUGUGUCUGAGCGCCGGCGGGCUUGCUCUAAGUCUUCUCAACAUGUUGAAUAAAGAAAAUUGCCUGUGCUCGAGACGAGGUAAGAGAUUACAUAAUUCUAACAACACAAAACGUUUUAUUUAUUUUAUGCCGGAGCAUCUUCCUACAGUAUAUCUUAAAGUUGCCCGCUUUCACAUGCAUAUAUACGCAAUCCGCGCGUCGUAUUUUAACACGCAAAACUAAAAUGUUAAUACAAAAUGCGCAGCAGCCUGUGAAUUAUCACACGAGAAAUCGCCGUAUUAGUUAGCAUCAAUAAAUCAAAUGGAAUUUGACCUCAUAUCAUUUCUAAUCGCAAUUCAUGUCAACAGAUUCUAACUAAAGACUAG